CUUGAUAGGUGAUACUUAAUAUAUAGUUCAUGAUCAUCUGUGCUUAAAUAAUUAAAUAACUAAAGAAAAUAAACAAAGUAAAAGUUGUAAUUGUGUCUAAUUUGUUCUAACUGGUUGUCUCUCUACAAUGGUUUGCCAAGGCCCUGAACCGCCAGAUAACUCUGCACAAAACUUAACGCCGCCCCCUAGACACGAGUUGGUAACAAAUGGGCAUCAAGAAGAUAGCGAUGAUGAACAAAACGAACACUUUGGAUACGAGCCGUUACCUCAAGGUCCCGAAGCAGUACAUUCUGAUCAUGAUAGUGAUGACGACUGUGGCGUAAAUGUAAUUGAAGCUCAACCAGGAGAAACCCCACCUGACAUUCCUCCUAUUGAACCUAUGGAGAGUAUACUGGCCAGAGAGGUAUGGUGUGCACCAAGAACUUCAGAUCCUAUACAGAUGGACAAUGAAAGAGCUCAACAGGUAAUGUUGGCUAUGGCCAAUUUUGCAUUACCACAGACAUCCAUUCCUGAAUGGGCUCAGAGUAUAACAGAAGAACAAUGGAAGCAAACAUUACAAGAUAGAAUAGAAAAACUAAGAGGAAAUAGAUAAAAUAUUAAAAACUACACUAGAAGUUUCAUUCAAUAAAUUAAUAGAUAUGAUAAAACAUGUUAUAAUAUCAUAUGUUUAUUAUAAUAUAAUUCAUAAUGGUAAAACAAUUUUUUGUAUUGAACAUAUUAGGAGAUAGAUUGUUUAUACAGUCAGGCAUAAAAGAUAAUAAAAAAAAAUAGUUCAAUAAACAUUUAAUUAUUAAUUAAUGCCACCAUAAUGGAAAUAAACAGAGAUAUGACUAGUUGUGUAAUCAAACUACUUGCAGCUAUAUAAAUAUUUAGUUGAAAUUAUAAAAUUUAAAAUCAAUUACUAGAUAGAUAUAUUACUGUAAAAACUUUGUUAUUCAAAAAAAAGUUUAAGUUGUGUCAAGCAUGUUACAGCUAUACAAGAAAAUAACCCACUGUUUAUAGCUAAAAAAAAUGCCUUGUUACUAAGUAACUGUUAAGUAAAAUUAAAUAAAACUAAGACUUCCAAAA